AUGCUUCGGGUGUAUGUACACCUCGUGGGGCCCCGCAGCUCUCUGUCUUUUUCUCUGCUGAGGCCUUUGCUUCCUGUUGCUGCUGGGCCUGCUGCAGCAGUUGCUGCUGCUGCUGCUGCUGCUGUAAACCCUCCUGCUGCUGCUGCUGCUGCUGCUGCUGCUGCUGCUGCUGCUGGGGGACGCUCUGCUGCUCAGCCUAGAGCCUCACUGCUGAAGCAGCAGCAGCAUCUGCUGCUCCUAUACCGGGGACCGCUGCAGCAGCAACAGCUGCUGCUACAGCAACAGCAGCAGCAGCAGCAGCAACAGCAGCAGCAGCAGCAACAGCAAUACCUGCUGCUGCACACACACACAAAAAGAGAAGAGCCGAGGGACGCUUCUGCAGCUGACAGCAGCAGCAGCAGCAGCAGCAGCAGCAGCAGCAGCAGCAGCAGCAACACGUCUGACACAAGCAGCAGCAGCAACAACAGCAGCAGCAGCAGCAACAGCAGCAGCAGCAGCAGCAGCAGCACCAAGGAGGACCCUGCCGAGAAAAUGACAAGACAGAGGAGGAUGUACUCCGACCCACACUCCAAGCACCACCAUGGAGCGAGUCUGAACAUAAUGAAGUGA